GUAGUAGUAAUGCUUUUAAGAAAUGUUGUCCGUAAAAAGAUUUUCCAAACAGCUCAGUGGAAUGGAAAAAUUCAGCAUAUUAGCGAAUUUAAGUUUCAUUCAAGCUCUUUACUUUGCAGUAAAGGUAAUCCCGAGGUAACCGGUAGGCCUAGUUCUGAUGAGUUUAUUGCAGAGCCAUUUGAUUGUGAAGUUGCCAGGCGGCGACAGCAGGCACAGUGCAGUGUGGUUGUUCAAGUGCACUCAGAACAGUCAUGCGGGCAGUUGCACGACUAUUGCUCAGAGUUCGGAGAGAUCAAAACUCUGCACCACUACACGCCAGCGUCCAACCCGUCUAUGCACUUUAUCCUAGUUGAGUUCAAGGACAACGAUGUGAUACCAGGAGUGUUGAAUGCAUGUGGAUAUAAUGAAAGGAAUCAAGUUAUUCCUGUGUCUUCUCGGAUGUUGUGGUUCCGAGCGAACCAAAAGAAGAAAUUGUCAAAAAGCAACUCCAAACUGACAGUUCCACUGAUAAUGGCAACUCCACCUUUGACUCGCCCUCAGCUUCUUGAAUGGCUGAGAGAAUCAGAAACAGUGAGUGAUCAGGUGAGAUUGGUUUACGGAGCAACACGAUUGGACGACCUAGGAGUGAGACUGCGAUAUUUGACUGCGCAUCAGCUGGAAGCAGCAGUGUCGGGGUUGUUCCCACGCGCGCAAGUCAGACUGUUCGGCUCAUCUGUCAAUGGCUUCGGGCGUCAGGGCUGUGACCUAGACCUAGUGCUGCAGCUGGACAAUCGUUCAGAGGAGGAGGACACUCAGUGCAGACUGAUGUUCCACGCCAAGCCGUCCCUUAAUGUCCGGUCGCAGACGCAGCGUCACAUCGACGGGUUGGCAGACAUGGUGCAGUGGUUCCUGCCGGGCUGUAUGGAUGUCCGGCGCAUCCUGCAGGCUCGGGUCCCCAUCGUCAAGUUUCGCCAGGAGUUGACUGACAUCGAUUGUGACCUCACGUUGACAAACAUGGCAGCAGUGUUCAUGUCAGAGCUGCUGUAUCUAUUUGGCAGUUGCGACUGUCGCACGCGACCACUCGUGUUUACCGUGCGACGCUGGGCUGCCGAUGUAGGACUGACGAACCCGUCACCCGGGCGAUGGGUCUCCAACUUCUCUCUAACUCUCCUCGUCAUCUUCUACCUGCAAUGGUCUAAAGUUCUACCUACUCUGGAUCAAUUGCGACAACUUGCCGGAAAAGCUGAUCGAAGAAUCGCUGAGGAUGGAGUAAAUUGCACAUUCCUAAGGGAUCCGUCAAAAAUAUCUCCAUCCGACAACUCUUCUUCAAUAGAGGAAUUGUUGCUGGGCUUCUUUGAAUACUACGCAGGAUUCGAUUUUUGCAGUCAAGGAAUAUCCCUAGGGCCAGGUGCACCGGUGAGAAAGAGAGACCACUCGGCCAUGUUUAUAGUGAAUCCUCUGGAACCUCAUCUCAACGUUAGUCAGAACGUCUCUCUGGAAGAAACGGAGAGACUUAGGAUCGCUUGUCGUAACGCGGCCUGGGAGUUAGAGUCUGGAGAAGAAGUACACUCAACAGAUCAAGACUGGGGCUUGCUGCGGCUUUUCAACAACAAAGCAGUUGAAGAGAAAACCAAACAACUAGAACAUCUCUACUUCGCCCCGAAACGGAAAAGUCGGUUGGUCGUCAGCAAACUGUUUGAGGAAGACGUUCCCAGUAGUAAGAAAGCAUCUAAGACUGCAGAAAAGAAAAUUGCUCGGUAGCCUUCAAGGGCAUUAUUUGUAAAUAUUUUUAAAAUUUGUAUUAGUCCCUGCAAUUUUUCUAAAUCAAUUGUAAACGUAUAUUGUAUAUAAACUAUAGUUAUAUAAAUAUGUGUUAAUUUUUGUAA